AUGUUCAGCCGCCCCCGCAGCUCCAGUCCCACCCGCCACCUCUUCGUGGGCAACUGCGGGACCCGAGUUGGCCUGGACGGCGCGCAGAUCCAGCGCAUCUUCUCCCCUUUCGGCGAGGCCGAAGUGUGCAUCCCCGAUGGGAACAAAUCCCACGUCUUCGUCACAUUUCCGACAAUCGCCGCCGCGUCCAGCGCACUGACGGCGCUGAAUGGGGUCCCGUGCGAGGCAGCAGGCGGGAGGGUGCUCGUUAUCAAGCAUGCUGACGGGCCCAAGCCCAAGGAGCCGAAGCCGCAGGACGCGGGGCCGACGGUGCACCUGUCGGCGGAUGAUUGCGGCGUUUCGGGGCUUAGCCUCAUCCUCGACUUUGUGUCGGAAGAGGAGGAGCGCGAGCUGCUGCGGUGGCAGCAGGGGGAGAGGGGCUGGGAGGUGCACGCGGGGCGGAGAGUCAAGCAUUAUGGUUUCAGAUUUGACUACGUGACUAGGAACAUUGACAGAAACAGCCCACUGGGAAAGCUGCCGGAAUGUGUGGAGGGAGUAGCGUCCAGGAUACAAUCUGCAUCGGCCUGCCCACAGCUGGACCAACUCACGAUCAACAGCUACCCACCGGGUGUGGGAUUGCUCCCACACGUUGAUACACACUCAGCAUUUACAGGUGCCAUCAUAUCUUUGUCACUGGGGGCUGCGGCAACAAUGGAGUUUCGCAGGGAGGGUGUCAAAUCGAGGCUUCUUUUACCACAGCGCUCGCUGCUGGUCAUGGAUGGUGAGGCAAGAUAUUGCUGGCAGCACUACAUUCCCCAUUGUAGACUACCAGGAGUCACUGCCGAUCGAAUCUCCUUCACCUUCCGCACUGCACGAGGGUUUGCGUGCGAUUGCAGCUAUCCCCAAUAUUGCGACAGCCAACAGGGCAGUCAGCCUCCAACGAGGCUAGCAUUGGGGUUGCAGGGGCAGGUUGCACAAAACGAUGGAACACUUGACCCAGUGCCGCAGCCUCAAGUGGAAGAAACUCGCGUGGCCAGGGAGUGCUGUGCCAGUGGUUCUGAAGACAGCGCUGCUUUCCGGGUAGCUCCGGCCAGGAGAGAACUUGUUGAUGCUGGUUGUCAAGACUUGCAGCACAAAAUCAAUGGCACAAGUGGCACAGAGAAGGAGAUAUGCUGCAUGAGUGACAGGCACUUGCUGCGUCUCGAGGAAGAAUAUGUCCACAAGGUCUAUGAUGUGAUUGCUCGACAUUUCAGUUCUACAAGAUUUGCUGUGUGGCCCAAAGUGAGGGGUUUUCUGGAGGCACUGCCUGCUGCAGUCUGUGUGGCUGAUGUGGGAUGUGGGAAUGGAAAAUAUUUCAACGUCCGCAAUGACGUCGUUGUGGUUGGCUUGGAUAGGAGCAGAGGUCUGCUUGAAGCUGCUGCUCAACGGCUGCAGCCAGUGGGCCUUCCCAGUAGAUGGUGCCAGGGAUAUGAUCUGUUGACAGGCGAUUGUUUGCGGCUGCCACUGCGCUCUGAUACCUUUGAAGCUGUCCUGUGCAUCGCCGUGCUGCACCAUGUGAGCAGCAGAUCGCGCCGGGUUGCCUGCCUGCGAGAAAUCGUGCGUGUGUUGGUGGAAGGGGGACAGGCCCUAGUAACAGUGUGGGCACAAGAACAGGAGAAUGAGGAGAAGACUGUCAAGAAAUGGAAGCCCAUACAGGAGCAUGGCAAUUGUGGUGGUGACUACCUCGUUCCCUGGCAUCUUCCAAUGCACAGGCCGGAGACUGGGGCAUUGGCCGCAUGCGCAUCUGGAGACCCCGGAGGUAGUGCUGAGGGCACUACGGCUGAAUGCCACAGUCAGCCGCCCAUUGGGGGACUGAACUCUUUGGAUGUGGGGGCGGGCUCCAACGAUGGUCGCAUACACUCGGCCAAACGGAGUGUCGUGUUCGACAGGUACUAUCAUCUGUAUGUGAAGGGCGAACUGGAGGAGUUGUGCACGCAGGUGGAGGGCUGCAUCGUAAGGGAGGCCUUUUACGACCACAGCAACUGGGGGGUUGUCUUGGAGAAGCAGGCCAGCAGAUUGUGA